AUGGUCGCAAACACACUGGACUGCCACACUACACUGGCGCACUCUCUGCGCUUUGUCGCGACAACCGUCGGCCGAGACAAGCUUCUGCGUACGGCACAGUACUUCUCACAAUUCUACAUUUGGCACCUACACCGCAGAAAUUACAAACGGUCGGCGAUCGAUCCUUACCAUGCCCUCCGGAAGCAGCUGGGUACCACGCGCAGGAUCCUACGUAUCGGCAACUUCUUAGGAAACCUCCAGACCGUCGCCCGUCUCAUGAGCCAGAAGAACUCUAGUGAGCCGGUGUUGAAAUACCUGGCUAUCGGAGGGCAACUCGGUUUCGCUGGAUACCUGGUCUUUGAUAACAUCACUUCAAUCAAGGCUAUCGGUAUCCACGAGUUGCCGUCGGCUGAACGUCUAGAUAUACUAGCGGAUAAAUGCUGGGCUGCGGGAUUGAUUUUCAGCAUCAUGGCGUGUCUCUAUAUCUUGGUGCACACACAGCCGAAGAAGAGAGCGAAACCCGCGGAGAGGGAGCGAUAUUCGGACGAGAAUAAAUGUGCUAAGGAGCGAUCGGAUGCCUGGAUUCAGCUCAUCUCGGACCUGUGUGACUUGACCGUUCCUGGAAAAAGCUUGGGUUGUGCUGCGUUCAACGACGGUCUUGUUGGCCUGGCCGGUACCAUGAGUAGUUUGAUAGGUGCUUGGAGCCAAUGGAAGAAGACCGCGUAG